AACACAUUUAUCGAUAGCAACAAUGCGCUUAUCACUGCACGUUCUUUAUUUAUAAACAAUCUGUUGACAUAUUUAUUCUGUUAAAAAUGCCCAUAGAUUGUAAAGCUAAAUGUGGCAACAAAGCCGCUUUAAAGCGUCCUAAGACCGGCGACGCUCUGUGCAAGGAUUGCUUUUUUGCUGCCUUUGAAGCUGAAAUCCAUCACACCAUUGUCUCGAGUCGUCUCUUUCGACGUGGCGAAAAGGUUGCCGUCGCUGCCAGUGGUGGCAAGGACUCCACAGUUUUGGCGCAUGUCAUGAAACUGCUCAACGAACGACAUGAUUAUGGUCUGGAUCUGGUGCUGCUCUCGAUUGACGAAGGCAUCACGGGCUAUCGGGACGACAGCCUGGAGACGGUCAAACAAAAUCGCGACGACUAUCAAAUGCCACUGAAAAUCCUCUCCUACGAGGAACUGUACGGUUGGACUAUGGAUCGUAUUGUGGCGCAAAUUGGCCGUUCCAACAAUUGCACAUUUUGUGGGGUCUUUCGCCGUCAAGCAUUGGAUCGAGGUGCAAAACUGUUGGGCGUCGACAGCAUCGCAACCGGUCACAAUGCGGACGACAUUGCGGAAACGGUGCUAAUGAAUAUACUACGCGGAGAUACAGCACGUUUGCGUCGCUGCACCAAUAUCCGCACUGGCGGUGGCGAAGAUUCCAUUCCCCGGGUCAAGCCGCUCAAAUACAGCUACGAGAAGGAGAUCGUUAUGUAUGCGCACUACAAGAGAUUAGUAUACUUUUCCACGGAAUGCGUGUUUGCACCGAAUGCUUAUCGGGGACAUGCACGCGCCUUCCUGAAGGACCUGGAAAAAGUGCGACCAUCGGUAAUCAUGGACAUCAUCUAUUCGGGCGAGCAGCUGCGUUUCAAGGAUACCGCAAAGAAACCUGUGCGUGGCAUUUGCGAACGCUGCGGCUUCGUUUCCUCUCAGCAGCCAUGCAAGGCAUGCGUUCUGCUGGAGGGACUUAAUCGAGGUUUGCCCAAACUGGGCAUUGGCAAGAAAUCGAAAGGUGAUCGCAUGAUUGCCCAGCAGAACCAAGAACUCGCACUACGGGAGCGCGCAAAUUUAGUAAAAAACGAUUUUUAAUAUCAAAAAUUCAUAUUUA